GUGUGCGAGGCCAAGAAGGCGGCGGCUAGCUAGUCCUCCGUUUCCCGCCUCCCCCCGCAGCUGAAGCUCUGUAGAAGGCAAGGCAAGGACCGGGGCCUGUUCCUUUAAGGUGUCUCUCGGCUGCCCGCUGCCCGGCCCUGUGAGAGCGCAGCCCAACCAGGCGGCUGUUGAGACGAGGAAGGCACAGCUGAGGUCCCGCCGCCGCCGCCGAAGCCAACGCUGGGGGCUGGGCAGCUUUUGCACUGCAGAGUAGGAGGGCGCCCGUCUGGGGAGAACUUGGGAGUUCUCCAGGGCCACCCCAACGCCUGGAGACUUUCAAGACCUUUGUGCCAGACCUUGAGAGAUCUUUAGCAUUUCAAGGGAGCUGGAGUUGAACCAGACCAUCUGCAAGGAAGUAGUGUGUCAGAGGCCAACAGUUGUUGUCUGGAAGUUCCAGAAAUAUCCCACCUACAAGAAACAUGAAGUUGUGGUAUUUUGCAGUGCCAGCACUAAGUAGUCUGCUCCUCUUUGUUUGGAUCCCAUCAUCAAUGUGCUGCAACAAGGCUCUCUGUGCUAGUGAUGUCAGCAAAUGCUUAAUACAGGAGCUGUGUCAGUGCCGACCUGGUGAAGGAAACUGUUCAUGUUGUAAGGAGUGCAUGCUUUGUCUCGGCACCCUUUGGGAUGAGUGCUGUGAUUGUGUUGGUAUGUGCAAUCCUCGCAAUUACAGUGACACACCUCCAACCUCUAAGAGUACGGUUGAGGAACUGCAUGAGCCAAUCCCUUCUCUCUUCCAGGCACUCACAGAAGGGGACACUCAGUUCAACUGGAAUAUUGUUUCCUUCCCUGUUGCAGAAGAACUAUCACAUCAUGAGAACUUAGUCUCAAUUUUAGAAAGUGUACACCAAUCCCAGCAUCAGAAUAUCUCUGUUCCAAACAACAAUAUCCAUGCACCAUACCCCAGUGACAAAGAACGCAUGUGUACUGUGGUUUACUUCAAUGACUGUAUGUCAAUACACCAGUGCAAGAUAUCUUGCGAAUCUAUGGGUGCAUCCAAGUACCGAUGGUUUCACAAUGCCUGCUGUGAAUGUAUUGGACCAGAGUGUAUCGACUAUGGCAGUAAAACUGUAAGAUGUGUGAACUGCAUGAUUUAAAGCUGAAAAGCUGAAUCAUAAUGUCAUGGACGUCAAAGUAGUUAAUUGGAAAAUAAUGAACUUGGAAGUAUUGUUUAAGAACAUAACAGUUGCAAUGUAACAGGUGCAGGGACUAGAGGAGAUGUAUAAAAUUUUAAAUGUACUUCUUUCCUCCUUUAAUCAUGUAAAGAGUAAUAAUUAGUAAGUGUUUAGAUUCAUUUUCUUCUCAACUGGAUAGUAUAAGUAGCUUUAUACUUAAUUAGAUUGUUUUGCUUUGAUUUGAAUAGAUCAACUAAUUUAUACACUGUAGCAUCUUGUUGAGUAGAGGAUCAUGACGCUUUACAAAAACUGCAACUAGUUCCCUAACAUAAAUUCUGUAAUUGUUUGGGCAUCAUAUGUUUCAAAACUUUCAAAUUUGUACAGAUGAAUAACUUUUUAUGAAAAGUAUUUGAAAAGCAACUUAGGUAGUUUAUGAAAAGUAUUUGAAAAGCAACUUAGGUAGUACCCCACCACCACCCACACAAAAAAAUAUCCAGCUGUGGCUACUUACUUGUAAGAAGGAAAGAGAACUCAUGCUGCAUUGUGUGUCCAAGAUUUUUCCACUCCUUAUGAAUAUCCUUUUAUGUAUCAAACCAAAUUUGGUAAGCUUAAUUAUGUCACUUCAUAGCAUCAUCUUUGCUCUCCACAGUUCUGUUUGUUAUGAACUAGAAAAAUGUACUGUACUGACUGAGAGUUUUAAACUGUAGAUAAUAGUGAUUCUAUCGAUGUAUUAGCAGGAAAAAUAUUUAGGUGAAAUGCAAUAGUACCGCAAAAUCUUUUAAGGGUAGCUUUUUAAAAGACAGCCAGCACUGUUUUCUAUUAUUCAUAUAUUUAAUUGUUCUUAUUUUUCUAAUUUCUCAGACUGUAGCUUUUAGUAAUGUAUUACCUUUAAUAUAGUUCAUGUUCAAUUAUCCUAUGUAGUUGUUGGAAACAAGCUCCCCAAUUCAGCAAAGGUGACCUGUGCAUGGCAAUAGAUUUUCAUUUGCAGAUCAUAUAUCCAGAUGUGAUCUACUGGGUACAAAACGGUGCUGUGUAGAAGGAAAAUGCAUUCAGUGCCCAGGAGAGUACAUGUGAUGUAUCAGAUAUAUGGCUGAUGCUGUCAGCACUGUCCUUAAAGUGUGGCGGGGUGGAGCUGUGGAACCUUGCUUCUUCUCUUCCAUUUCCAGGAGCUGAAUAGUGCUGUCAAAGCUAACAGCACCCACUGUCUGUCUACUAGGCGAAAUCUCUUCAUGAAAGAGUAUGUGUCAAUGAACUUGUAUCUAUUGUGAUGUUCUAGUACUAUAGUAACUAAUAGGAAGAUCUAACUGUUUUAUCUGUUGAUACCUUUUUGCUGUCCUAAAUUCUCCCCUUUGCCCGUAGUUUUUUAGUUGAAAAUCAAGGAUAAUUAGCAAAAUGUGCUUCACCAUUAUCUCAUAUUUUCUUACCAUCACCUUGUUAUGUCACUAUUAUUUUCUCUCUGCUGACUUGGCAAAGAGGCACCUUUUAAUGUGGUAAUCCUCUUUAUUUAGCAGGGGGAGAGUAACUGGCCCUAUCCACCCCCAGCACAGUACCUUCAGUGACUGUUGCUGGUAUCUAUCUUAUGUUUCUUUUUAGAUUGUGAGCCCUUUGGGGACAGGGUACCAUCUUAUUUGUUUAUUUGCUUAUUUAUUUGUUAUUUCUCUGUGUAAACCGCCCUGAGCCAUUUUUGGAAGAGUGGUAUAGAAAUUGAAUUAAUAAUAAUAAUAAUAAUAAUAAUAAUAAUAAUAAUAAUAAUAAUAAUAAAAAUCUGGGAUACAAACUCUGAUCUUUUGCCUCAGCAACAAUACUCCACAGAGAUCAAAGACUAGAUUUCCAAAGACAGAGAGAAAGGACGGUACUUUAAAAAGAAGAACCUGUAUUUCAUAAUUUCUCAUACUUUGGAAUGCUUGUAUCCCUUUUCUUUUGCAAACAAAUGAUUUUACAAAUCAAUGGCCUUCUGUCAUCUUUGAUUUUGAUCAUAUUUUUAAUUACAUCAGAGAUCUUUGGCCAAAAUUAUGUGUACAUGCAUAUUAUUGAUCUACUAAUCUUUGAACUGUAUCUUUUUUCAGACAGGUGAUGGUGGUUAUUUUACACCUUUUUGAAUGUAUAAUAAUGCAUAUCUGAUAGUCAUAUUCCUAGAAAAUUGUUUAAUUUUCAGCUGGCAUUUUCUCCUGUCAUUUGCUUGUUACUUUAAUGGAAAGCUACACCUUGAAAGUUGGGAUAGUAGAUUAAUUAUAAAUUCAGUAGCAUCCAGUUCAUUGGCAAAGAUGUUGCAGUAUGAAAACCCCUUUAGCAUGGCAAAGACAUUUAUUCAACAAAACUCACUUAGGAGCUUUGCAGUUAUUCAAAAUGUUUGUAUGACUAAGGAUACUCCUCCUAUCAAUUAUUUAAUUCUAAUUAAAUCAUGAUUUUGUGUUUAGGGUUCUAUUGCUGUGGAUUCCUAUUAGUAGAAACAAUAUUACAGGAAGGAUUAGAUUAAAGGGUGUGAUUUAUUUGCAUAUAUAUAUAUAUAUAUAUAUAUAUAUAUAUAUAUAUAUAUAUAUGAGAGAAAUAUUUAAGCAUUUGUUAGUAAAGAUUUAGUUGAGUUUGUAAUUUUACAGUUGAUAAUAAUGUUUAGAAAUAACCUACUGUGAGCUCAGUGUACAUAUAAAUGAUCUACAGCAAUAUCAAAUGUAUUUUCUUAAAUUUUACAUAUUUCAAUAUUUUAAUAAAUAAUCUUCUGCUUA